AUGACGUCACAGGAGAGGGACGCCGUCCUGAGAUGGUCCGACCUGGUCAGCAGCGCUGAUCAGAAAAAGUUCCGCACCAAGAAAGUGACGUGGGCUGCCAUGGAGGACCACCUUGCCAAUUUGGUCUACAGCGACAAGAGGCCAUUGGUCCUUUUGGCUGCCAGGAUUUGUAUGGAGACUAUGGCCAAGAACAGAGGUCAGUACAUUGACCUACUAUUGAGCCUGGGAGCUGUGGAAAAACUCCUCAAAUUGGCCAGCACCGACCACGAACCACUGAAGAGACGGGUGUUCGCUUGUCUGGAGGUCUUUGCACGCCGAUUUUCCAGCCACGAGAGACUGGUAGAAGACGACGUGAUCCAACUGUUGGUGCAGAGUCUAUCUAGGCCGUCCGCCGCGUCCACCCACCUGAGCUGUCUGUUUGCCCUCAACUCUCUGUGCCACAGGGCUAGCACACUGCGUCGUGCGCUAGAGGUGGACGGUCACUGUGUGGUCAAGACUGUUAUGAGGGUACUCACGGAGUGGACAGUGCAGCAUCCAAACACACCAUCGGCCCAGAGUGUGAGCAUUGAGAGAAUUAAAUCCUGGUGUACAAUCCCGCGUCAAAACCUGGUGCUUUUAUGCAAGCUGUGCGUUGAUGUUACUGACCGUACCUUGACUUAA